GAGGUACCGCACGUGCAGCCCGCAGAGAACCUCUCGGUGCCUUUCACCGAGCUCGAGAUACGAGGGACCUUCAAGCACGCCAUCAUGACCACCGUGAUCGUCAGCGGGCUGUCGCAGGGUGUCCUGUAUGCCGCCGCGGACACCGUGUUCGUGCAGGCGCCGAUGCAGUUCUUCAAGAGGGACUAUCCUGGAUCGCACAUGGUGGUCACCGCAAACAACGUCAUGAAGGAGAACCCUGAGACGUGCACGGACGUGGCCGACAAGUACGAGAAGGCCGAGGCCGGCCAGCUCCGCGACCGCCUCCGCAUCUACCGCCGCAGCCUCACGGGCGAGGAAGACUCGGCGCGCUUCGACAUCAACAGCGGGCUGAUCUUCGCGCAGAACUCGCCCGGCACGGCCGACGUGAUGCUCAGGUCUUGGAUGCUCCUGGUGACCAGGGGCAGCGCGGAGAACACGCAGCACUGGGCUCUGCAGCAGGCGAUACAGGAGCUUCCU